AGGUGGCUCUGCCAUGGUACCUAUUUACAAGUCGUUACCAAGGAUUCAAGGAUAAUAGUAACCAACACUGCAGGUUUGAUGCAAAUGUUUGCAUCUGGGAAGCCUCGGGUCUCUCGUCAAGGUUGCUCAUUCAGCUUCCAUCAAAGGUUCAGCGAGAAGAGUUGAGUAGAUUAUAGACGACUGAUCAGCAGCAGUGAUUUAUUACCUUCUGUCUUUUUUUGCUAUGGUAGAGCAUAACUCUGAACAUCUGAGUCUGCAUAGCACCAUGGUCAAGGAGAGUUUUAAAUCUGGCCUCACAUGGGAGGUGAAGGCUAACAGCCGCAAACACAAACAGAAGAAAUCCUUCCUGUGUUUGCACUGGGGGAGAUACGCGGACAAUGUGGUGCGCAGCUACAAGUACUCCCCCCUGACUUUUCUGCCCCUGACGCUCUUCGAACAGUUCCAGCGCGCAGCCAAUCUCUACUUCCUCCUCAUGGUGGUGAUGCAGUGUGUCCCUGCCAUCUCAUCCAUACCGUGGUACAUCACCAUCAUACCGCUGACCACCGUACUCACUGUGAGAGGCCUGAAAGACCUCAGCAACGACAUGGCAAGAAGACGUUCUGACUCUCAAAUUAACUCCCGACCCUGUGACGUACUCAUCUCCCAGAGUUUCAACACAGUACAGUGGAAAGAUUUGUGUGUGGGAGAUGUGCUGCGGAUCCAUAAAGACCAAGUCAUCCCUGCGGAUCUUCUCCUUCUGUGUAGUUCAGAACCUCACAGUCUGUGUUACGUAGAGACGGCUGAUAUUGAUGGUGAAACCAACCUUAAAUACCGACAGGCGCUCAGUGCUACACACAAUGAGUUGACCUCUCACCCCUCAGAGGAGGCCCUUAGUGCCUUUGAUGGUGUUGUACUCUGCGAGGAACCCAACAACCGCCUGUACAGCUUCAGAGGUCAGCUGCAGUGGAGGGGAAAGUGUCUUCUCCUGGACAGCGAGCACAUCCUCCUGAGGGGAACAGUCCUACGCAACACAGACUUUGCCUACGGCUUGGCCAUAUACACUGGCGCGGACACUAAGAUCCUGAGAAACUGCGGGAAACUGAAAGUGAAGACGACUCAAACAGAAAAAGUUUUCAACCAAGUGGUGAUCGGGAUAGUCCUGUCCGUGCUGCUAGCAGCUCUGCUUCUUGCCAUUGGCAGUGGCGUGUUUUCGAGUCAGGUCAUGAGCCAGACAGGGGUGCCGUCUGCUCUGGUGGUUAACGGCAAUCCAGUCUACACCGGAUUCCUCAUCUACUGGAGCUACAUCAUCCUUCUCAGCCCAGCUAUGCCCAUAGCACUCUAUAUCUCGUUUGAGAUGAUCCACACGGUCCACAGCCUGUUUAUUGGCUGGGAUUUGGAGAUGUAUUGGCAGCCGGCAGACAGACCGGCCCAGGCCAGGAAUACGUCUCUGAAUGAGGAGCUUGGCCAAGUGGGGUACCUGCUGAGUGACAAAACUGGGACACUAACCCAGAAUCGUCUGCUCUUCAGGCAGUGCUGCAUAGCUGGGGAGAUUUAUGCUCCCGGCCUUGUGGAGAAACUCAGAGGACAGCAGUGUCCACUCAGCAAACAGUUCCUCACUGCACUGGCUUUAUGUCAUACUGUCAUGGCAGAGUGGAAGGACGGUGAGACUCCGGUUUACCAAGCUGCAUCCCCAGAUGAGGAGGCUCUUGUUGGUGCUGCCAGGGAACUUGGCUGGGCUUUUCUUUCCAGGACCAGAGAUUUUCUCGUUGUCUCCGAACUGGGUGUCACUCGCCAGUAUCAGCUGCUAGCUCUGCUGGACUUUACCAGCAAGAGGAGACGCAUGUCUGUGCUGGUGCGAGAGCCCGAGGGUGGGUUAAAACUGUACUGUAAAGGGGCGGAUAUAGUGAUCCUAGAGAGACUGCAGAAGGACUGUCCAUAUCAGGAAAGAAUUGAAAGAGCCCUGGAGUUGUUUGCUGAGGCCUGUCUGAGGACACUGUGUGUUGCGGUUCGAUCUGUUCCUGAGGCAUCAUGGGAGCAGUGGAGUCAAACUCUUGCAGAGUCUGCUGCCAUGACGACCUGUGACCGUGACGCACUGCUGGAAAAGCUAUAUGAUCAGAUGGAGAGAGACCUGCAGCUUCUGGGGGUGACAGCGAUAGAGGAUCGACUACAGGAGGGCGUUCCUGAGACUAUUGCUCUUCUUCAAGAAGCUGGGCUCAAAGUAUGGGUACUGACUGGAGACAAAAAAGAGACUGCAGUAAAUAUUGGAUAUUCUUGCAAACUGCUGGAUCCUGAUACAAGAUUACUGGAAUGGCAGGAGCUGAGACAGAUACUCCAGUCCCCAGACCCACAGGUCAGUUUCUUCAAGGCCAGACAGACAGAGCUGUGGGCUGCAGACAAGGAGAUGGCUGGUGCAAAGACUUCUGUGGUCCUCACUGGGCCAGAGUUGGCAGAGUUUGACCAGAGACCAGAAUGGGGGGCCACAUUCAUGCGCCUGGCAGAACAGUGUCAGUCGGUGCUGUGCUGCCGUGUAACACCUGCACAGAAGUCUGAAAUCGUCAAGCUGGUCAGGAAGCACACCGGCUCGAUCACCAUGUCCAUCGGAGACGGCGCCAAUGAUGUAAACAUGAUUAAGACGGCUCAUGUUGGUGUGGGACUGGCAGGAGUGGAGGGAGGUCAGGCGGUGCAGAAUGCAGACUUUGCAUUGUCCCAAUUCAGGUUUCUGCAGAGGCUGCUGCUGGUCCACGGCCGCUGGUCCUAUCGCCGCAUUUCCAACUUCCUGCGUUAUUUUCUGUUUAAGACCUGCAGUUUUGCUCUUGUGCAUAUAUGGUUUGGUAUCUUCAAUGGCUUCAGUGCUCAGUCACUGUAUGAGACAUGGUUCAUUGCGUUGUACACAGUCAGCUACACAGCGUUCCCAACUAUGUGCUUGGCCAUUUUUGAACAGGAUGUGAGUGCAGAAAGCAGCCUGAAAUUUCCUGAGCUGUACAAGUGUGGACCGAGACAGGAGCUCUCCAACCCUUUAAUGUUGUCCUUGUCGCUCCUGCAAGCUGUCUACUCAUCCCUUGUCCUCUUCUUCAUCCCGUUUGGAGUUUUCUACGACACAGCCGUUGAUUUCCAGACCAUGGCAGUCACUGUCGCUAUGGCAGCUACGUUUGCUGCCACGAUUGAGAUUGUGCGGCUGACCAGGUUCUGGACAAAGUUCAGCAUAGCGGCUCUGUGUGUCUCUGUGUCGAUGUUGUUCAUCUGUACGAGGCUGUGCCACAGCGCUCGCCUUUUUCAGAGUUCACCCGUUGACUAUGUCUUUAUUGGAGUCUCUGAUAAAGCCUUCAUUGAUCCAGUUGUGUGGCUCACAGCUCUGCUCACCGCCUGGACAGCUGUUUUACCCUCAGUGACUGCUCAAGCUCUCAAUGUGAUUCUCACAGCUCAUGACAAACACAAGGUCCACAUUAUAACCAAUCAGCCAGUGGAGCUGAGGUCAAAGUUCAAAAGAGGGACGUCUCUGCGCCGUUCGUCUUAUGCCAUCUCCCAGGACGCUGGGUCCGGAAGAAUCGUCACCACAAGGACCAGCUUCCACAGCACAGUACUACCAGGGCAUGAGAAGGUGACUGCAAGUGGUACCGACCAACUAGGCCAAUUAUGAUGCCCUCAUGUUGCAGGAAUACUGACUAAUUAUUGUUAUUUUUAUAUUGGAAAAGAAGUGAUCAUAUUUAGUGUUCCUGCAACAUCGAGUUAAAAAGUUACGCGUUUACAUUUCUGUCUUUCUAAACAUGUUUUUGAGGGUAAUUAUGAGUGGAGCCCACAUGUUACUGUAUGGCUGUUUUCAAAUAAAGUAAACU